CUGCUGAGCUCCACACUGACCCCGCCCCUCUCCGGUGGGAGGAGUCUGAUCAGAGUCAGUUGAACUGUGUCCGGAGAAAAAAGUCGAAGGAACCAGGAGAGAAUCUGGAACAAAGACUGACAGCCAAAGAAGAACUCCAGAGCUGUGCAUCUGAUUGGACAGGAGGGCUGUCACUCAAACAGUGUUUUACAUCAGGAGUGAGUCGGGCCGAGGUGCAGAGCAGCAGUCAUGGUGGCCCUGUCACUCAAGAUCGGCGUGGGGAACGUGGUGAAGACGAUGCAGUUUGAACCGUCCACCAUGGUGUACGACGCCUGCCGCAUGAUCAGGGAGAGAGUUCCUGAGGCACAGCUCGGCCAGCCCUCAGACUACGGGCUGUUCCUGUCUGAUGAAGACCCAAAGAAAGGCAUCUGGCUGGAGGCAGGGAAGGCCCUGGAUUACUACAUGCUGAGGAAUGGAGACACUCUGGACUACAAGAAGAAGCAGAGGCCUCUGAAGAUCCGCAUGCUGGACGGCACAGUGAAGACCGUCAUGGUGGACGACUCCAAGAUCGUCAGCGACAUGCUCAUGACCAUCUGCGCCAGAAUAGGCAUCACAAACUAUGACGAGUACUCGCUGGUGCGAGACAUCGGCGAGGAGAAGAAGGAAGAGACCACAGGGACACUGAAGAGAGACAAGACUCUGCUGAGAGACGACAAGAAGAUGGAGAAGCUGAAGCAGAAACUGCACACAGACGACGAGUUGAACUGGUUGGACCACGGCCGGACGCUGAGGGAGCAGGGCGUGGAGGAGACAGAGAUGCUGCUGCUCAGGAGGAAGUUCUUCUACUCGGACCAGAACGUGGACUCCAGAGAUCCGGUCCAGCUCAACCUGCUCUACGUGCAGGCCCGUGACGACAUCCUGAACGGCUCCCACCCCGUCUCCUUUGACAAGGCCUGUGAGUUUGCAGGUUAUCAGUGUCAGAUCCAGUUCGGCGACCACAACGAGACCAAGCACAAGCCUGGAUUCCUGGAUCUAAAGGAGUUCCUUCCCAAAGAGUAUAUCAAGAACAAAGGAGAGAAGAAAAUCUUCCAGGCCCACAAAAACAGCCAGAACAUGACGGAGAUCGAGGCCAAGGUCAGCUACGUGAAGCUGGCCAGGUCCCUGAAGACGUACGGAGUGUCCUUCUUUCUGGUCAAGGAGAAAAUGAAGGGAAAGAACAAACUGGUCCCUCGUCUGCUGGGAAUCACCAAGGAGUGCGUGAUGAGGGUGGACGAGAAGACGAAGGAGGUGAUCCAGGAGUGGAACCUGACCAACAUCAAACGCUGGGCUGCUUCGCCCAAGAGCUUCACCCUGGACUUUGGAGACUAUCAGGACGGGUACUACUCUGUGCAGACCACUGAGGGGGAGCAGAUCGCUCAGCUCAUCGCCGGAUACAUCGACAUCAUCCUCAAGAAGAAGAAGAGCAAAGAUCAUUUUGGACUGGAAGGAGAUGAAGAGUCAACGAUGCUGGAAGACUCUGUGUCGCCCAAAAAGUCCACGUUGCUGCAGCAGCAGUUCAACAAGGUGGGGAAGGUGGAGACGGGCUCGGUGGCGCUGCCGGCCAUCAUGCGCUCCGGAGCCGGGGGACCGGAGAGCUUCCAGAUGGGCUCCAUGCCUCAGGCCAAGCAGCACAUCACCAGUGGACAGAUGCACCGGGGACACAUGCCUCCGCUGACGUCAGCUCAACAGGCUCUGACUGGAACCAUUAACUCCAGUAUGACGGCGGUCCAGGCUGCUCAGGCCGCUCUGGCCGACUUCGACACUCUGCCGCCGCUGGGAACCGACGCCGCGUCCCAGGCCUGGCGCAAAAACAAGAUGGACGAGUCCAAACACGAGAUCCACUCCCAGGUGGACGCCAUCACAGCAGGCACCGCCUCCAUGGUCAACCUCACCGCAGGCGACCCGGCAGAGACGGACUACACGGCCGUGGGUUGUGCGGUCACCACCAUCUCCUCCAACCUGACGGAGAUGUCCAAGGGGGUCAAACUGCUGGCGGCGCUCAUGGAGGACGAAGGAGCGAACGGUCAGCAGCUGCUGGGCGCCGCUAAGAACCUGGCGUGUGCCGUCUCCGACAUGCUGAAGACCGCUCAGCCGGCCAACACAGAGCCGCGUCAGAUCCUGCUGCAGGCCGCAGGAAACGUGGGUCAGGCCAGCGGGGAGCUGCUGUCGCACAUCGGAGAGACGGACACGGAUCCCCAGUUCCAGUUUCUAGGUAACGGAUCUCUCAGGGGAAGCAGAGGGAGGGUCCUCACUUUAUAUCAAAUCCUGGACAUGCUAAUGCAGCUAGCUAAAGCUGUAGCUAACGCCGCCGCAGCCCUGGUGCUCAGGGCCAAGAACGUGGCCCAGAAGACGGAGGACUCGGUCCAGCAGAACCGUGUGAUCGCCGCGGCCACUCAGUGCGCCCUGUCCACGUCUCAGCUGGUGGCCUGCACCCGGGUCGUGGCUCCGACCAUCAGCUCGCCGGUGUGCCAGGAGCAGCUGAUCGAGGCAGGGAAGCUGGUGGCCAAGUCUGUGGAAGGCUGCGUGGAGGCGUCACAGGGGGCGACCAAUGACGAGGGCCUCCUGAAGCAGGUGGGCGUGGCUGCCACCGGCGUCACUCAGGCCCUCAAUGAGCUGCUCCAGCACAUCAAACAGUACGCCAGCGGCGGCCAUCCCAUCGGACGCCACGGAGAAGCCACCGACCGCAUCCUGGAUGUCACCGAGAACAUCUUCAGCUCCAUGGGAGAUGCUGGUGAGAUGGUUCGUCAGGCUCGUAUUCUCGCCCAGGCCACGUCUGAUCUGGUCAACGCCAUCAAGAUGGAUGCCGAGGGAGAGACGGACCUGGAGAACUCGCGUAAACUGCUGUCAGCCGCCAAGAUGCUGGCCGAUGCCACUGCCAAGAUGGUGGAGGCGGCUAAGGGGGCCGCAGCCAACCCCGACAGCGAGGAGCAGCAGCAGAAGCUACGAGAGGCGGCCGAGGGUCUCCGCAUGGCCACCAACGCCGCCGCCCAGAACGCCAUCAAGAAACGACUCGUCAACAAGCUGGAGAACGCAGCCAAACAGGCGGCGGCAGCCGCCACUCAGACCAUCGCUGCUGCUCAGCACGCCGCCUCGUCCAACAGGAACCAGGCCGCCCAGCAGCAGCUGGUGCAGAGCUGCAAGGUGGUGGCGGAGCAGAUCCCUCAGCUGGUCCAGGGAGUCCGAGGCAGCCAGUCUCAGCCCGACAGCCCCAGCGCUCAGCUCGCCCUCAUCAGUGCCGGCCAGAACUUCCUGCAGCCUGGUGCUAAGAUGGUCACAGCUUCUAAAUCCACUGUUCCCAACAUCAGUGACCAGGCGUCCGCGAUGCAGCUCAGCCAGUGUGCUAAGAACCUGGCCAGUGCUCUGGCUGAGCUCCGCACCGCCUCUCAGAAGGCCCAGGAAGCGUGUGGUCCGUUGGAGAUUGACAACGCUUUGUCAAUGGUCAGAGAUCUGGAGAAAGACAUGAGGGAGGCCAAGGCUUCAGCUGAAGAGGGGAAACUCAAACCACUGCCAGGAGAGAAGCUUGAGAAAUGCUCCCAGGAUCUGAGCACCAGCACCAAGGCUGUGAGCUCAGCCAUGGCUCAGCUGCUGAGUGAGGCCACGCAGGGCAACGAGAACUACACAGGCAUGGCAGCCAGAGACGUGGCCCAGGCUCUCAAGUCCCUGGCCUCCGCCGCCAGGGGCGUCGCCGCCGCCACGGACGACUCGCAGGCGCGUAACGCCAUGCUGGACUGUGCCGGGGCCGUCAUGGACAAGUCGGGCAACCUGAUAGAAGAGACCAAGAGGGCCAUCGCUAAGCCCGGGGACGCAGAGAGUCAGCAGAGGCUCGCCCAGGUGGCGAAGGCCGUGUCCCAGGCCCUGAACAGAACCGUGAACUGCCUUCCAGGACAGAGGGAUGUGGACAACGCCAUCCGCACUGUGGGCGAGGCCAGCAAGACCCUCCUGUCGGACUCUUUCCCGUCCAGUGGGCGGAGCUUCCAGGAGGUUCAGGCUCAGCUCAACGAGGUGGCGGCCGGUCUCAACCAGUCGGCCAACGAGGUGGUGCAGGCCUCCAGAGGGACCACGCAGGACCUGACCAGGUCCACCAGCAAGUUCGGACAAGACUUCAGCAACUUCCUGGAGGCCGGAGUCGACAUGGCAGGAACAUCACAGUCCAAACAGGACCAGACCCAGGUGGUGUCCAACCUGAAGACCAUCUCCAUGUCCUCCAGUAAACUGCUGCUGGCAGCCAAAGCUCUGACCACCGACCACAGCUCCCCCAACCUGAAGAACCAGCUGGCAGCUGCCGCUCGAGCCGUCACAGACAGCAUCAACCAGCUCAUCACCAUGUGCACUCAGCAGGCGCCGGGUCAGAAGGAGUGUGACAACGCUCUCAGAGAACUGGAGUCGGUGAGGGGGAUGCUGGAGAACCCGACGGAGGCCGUCAGUGAGCUGUCGUACUUCGACUGCAUCGACAGUGUGAUGGAGAACUCUAAGGUCCUCGGCGAGUCCAUGGCUGGGAUUUCCCACAAUGCCAAGAACUCCAAUCUGCCAGAGUUCGGUGAUUCAGUCAGCGCCGGCUCCAAAGCUCUGUGUGGUCUGACCGAAGCAGCUGCUCAGGCAGCGUAUCUGGUGGGAGUGUCUGACCCCAACAGCUCGGCGGGUCAGAAGGGGCUGGUGGACCCCUCCCAGUUUGCCCGGGCCAAUCAGUCCAUUCAGAUGGCGUGUCAGAACCUGGUGGACCCCGCCUGCACGCAGUCGCAGGUUCUCUCCGCCGCCACCAUUGUGGCCAAACACACCUCAGCUCUGUGUAACGCCUGCCGCCUGGCGUCCUCCAGGACUCCCAACCCGGUCGCCAAGAGGCAGUUUGUGCAGUCGGCCAAAGAAGUGGCCAACACCACGGCCAACCUGGUCAAGUCCAUCAAGGCUUUAGACGGAGCCUUCAACCACGAGAACAGAGAGAAGUGCAAAGCUGCGACGGUUCCUCUGAUCGAAGCCGUCGACAACCUCACGGCCUUCGCCUCCAACCCGGAGUUCGCCAGCAUCCCGGCUCAGAUCAGCCCCGAGGGUCACGCAGCCAUGGAGCCCAUCGUGGUGGCAGCGCAGACGAUGCUGGAGAGCUCGACCGGCCUCAUCCAGACCGCCCGCUCUCUGGCUGUCAACCCCAAAGACCCCCCCAAGUGGUCAGUGCUGGCAGGACACUCCAGGACUGUGUCGGACUCCAUCAAGAAACUCAUCACCAACAUGAGAGAAAAGGCUCCUGGUCAGAGAGAAUGUGACGAUGCCAUCGACGUGCUGAACGGUUGCAUCCGUGAGGUGGACCAGGCGUCUCUAGCCGCCAUCAGCCAGCAGCUGACCCCCCGAGAGGACAUCUCCAUGGAGAACCUCCAUGAGCAGAUGGCGGCCUCGGUGCAUGAGAUCAGUAACCUGAUCGACCCCGUGGCGGUGGCGGCUCGUUAUGAGGCCUCUCAUCUGGGACACAAGGUGUCCCAGAUGGCGAGCUACUUCGAGCCCCUCAUCAUGGCGGCCAUCGGCACAGCGUCUAAGAUCGUGAGCAGCCAGCAGCAGAUGGCCGUGCUGGACCAAACCAAGACGCUGACAGAGUCGGCCCUGCAGAUGCUCUACACCGCCAAGGAGGCGGGAGGAAACCCCAAGGCCGCUCACAUGCAGGAGGCUCUGGAGGAGUCGGUGCAGAUGAUGAAGGAAGCCGUCGACGACCUCGGGGCGACUCUGGCGGAAGCUGCCAGUGCAGCCGGCGCCGUGGGCGGGAUGGUGGACUCCAUCAACGACGCCAUCAACAAGAUGGAAGACUCGCCUACUAUGGAACCUGACGGCACCUUCGUGGACUAUCAGACGACCAUGGUGAAGACGGCCAAGGCCAUCGCGGUCAAUGUGCAGGAGAUGGUGACCAAAUCCAACACCAACCCAGACGACCUCGGAGGAUUGGCCAACCAGCUCACCAACGAGUUCGGAAAUCUGGCCAACGAGGCCAAAUACGCAGCCAUGACUGCAGAGAACGAUGAGAUCGGUACUCACAUCAAGAAGCAGGUUGGCGAGCUCGGUUUCAGCUGCACGGCUCUGGUGACCAAAGCCGGAGCUCUGCAGUGCAGCCCGAACGACUCGUUCACCAAGAAGGAGCUGAUCGAGAGCGCCCGCAAGGUCUCCGAGAAGGUCUCCCAUGUGCUGGCGUCACUUCAGGCAGGAAACCGUGGCACCCAGGCCUGCAUCACGGCAGCCAGCGCCGUGUCGGGAAUCAUCGCUGACCUGGACACCACCAUCAUGUUCGCUACCGCUGGAUCUCUGAACAGAGAGAACUCCGAGACCUUCGCCGACCACAGAGAAUGUAUCUUGAAGACAGCGAAGGCUCUGGUGGAGGACACCAAGCUGCUGGUGUCCGGUGCUGGAGCCAGUCAGGAGAGACUGGCCCAGGCUGCUCAGUCCUCCGUGGGCACCAUCACCAGACUGGCCGAUGUGGUCAAACUAGGAGCCGCCAGUCUGGGAUCCGAGGACCCAGAGACACAGGUGGUCCUGAUCAACGCAGUCAAAGAUGUGGCCAAAGCGCUGGGUAACCUCAUCAGCAGCACCAAAGCUGCAGCAGGAAAACCUCACGACGACCCGAGCAUGCUGCAGCUCAAGAACUCUGCAAAGGUGAUGGUGACCAACGUGACGUCCCUCCUGAAGACGGUGAAGGCCGUGGAGGACGAGGCCACGAAGGGGACUCGCGCUCUGGAGGCGACCAUCGAGCACAUCAAGCAGGAGCUGACUGUGUUCCGCAGCUCGGACCCGCCGCCGAAGACGACCACGCCGGAGGAGUUCAUCCGCAUGACCAAAGGAAUCACCAUGGCAACAGCGAAGGCGGUGGCUGCUGGGAACUCGUGUCGUCAGGAGGACAUCAUCGCCACGGCGAACCUCAGCCGGAGGGCCAUCGCCGACAUGCUGCACUCCUGCAAGGAAGCUGCGUUCCACCCUGACGUCAGCAAGGACGUCCAGAUGAGGGCGCUGCGCUACGGCAACGAGUGCGCCACCGGGUACCUGGGCCUGCUGGAGCACGUGCUGGUGAUCAUCCAGAAACCGACUCACGACCUGAAGCAGCAGCUGGCCAACUACUCCAAGAGAGUGGCCGGCUCCGUCACCGAGCUCAUCCAGGCCGCAGAGGCCAUGAAAGGCACCGAGUGGGUGGACCCUGAGGAUCCCACCGUCAUCGCAGAGAACGAGCUGCUCGGAGCAGCGGCGGCCAUCGAAGCCGCUGCCAAGAAGCUGGAGCAGCUGAGGCCCAGGACCAAACCCAAGGAAGCAGAUGAGAGCCUGAACUUCGAGGAGCAGAUUCUGGAGGCGGCCAAGGCCAUCGCCGCCGCCACCAGCGCCCUGGUGAAAGCUGCCUCCGCUGCCCAGAGGGAGCUGGUGGCUCAGGGGAAGGUGGGAGCGAUCCAAGCCAACGCAGUGGACGACGGCCAGUGGUCUCAGGGCCUCAUCUCAGCUGCUCGGAUGGUUGCCGCCGCGACCAGCAACCUGUGUGAGGCGGCCAACUCCGCGGUGCAGGGCCACGCCAGCGAGGAGAAGCUCAUCUCCUCGGCCAAGCAGGUGGCAGCGUCCACCGCCCAGCUGCUGGUCGCCUGCAAGGUCAAGGCCGACACGGACUCCCAGACCAUGAAGAGGCUGCAGGCUGCUGGAAACGCUGUGAAGCGAGCGUCUGAUAACCUGGUGAAGGCGGCGCAGAAAGCAGCGUUCGAUGCCCAGGACGACCAGGCCGUGGUGGUCAACAGCAAGAUGGUGGGAGGAAUCGCUCAGAUCAUGGCUGCUCAGGCGGAGAUGCUGAGGAAGGAGCGGGAGCUGGACGAGGCCCGGAAGAGGCUGGCCACCAUCCGGCAGCAGCAGUACAAGUUCCUCCCCACGGAGCUGCUGCAGGACGGCCAGGAGCAGUGAGAGGGAGAGUGUGUGUCUGUGUGUGUGAGUGUGUCUGUGUGUCACCACACAGGAAUGUGACAGUGAUUCAGGACCCGAGGAGGCUCCGCCCACCAUCAGAUCCAGUUCCUCAGGAGGGUUUCUGUCUUCAUUCCCUUUCAGAAGCACCAGAUUAUGAGUGAAGUCCUUCAGAAGGCGUCUGAUUCUCUUUGAUCUUUACGUUUUCCUCUGUGUCCUCUCUGCCUUUCAUGUCGUCGUUUUGUAUAUUAUGUGUUUCCGUAUGAAACGACGUCGCUGUUAGAUCUCCGACAUGAGGGCGAGCGCAGUGUAUGCUAACUAUGCUAGCUAUGCAAACAAAUGUAUUCUAUGCAGAUGAUUCUUUUUUUAAUUUGCGUGAGCACGUGUAGCCUCGACGUGUAGAUGGUCACGUGACUGAUGAUGUGUCACAUGUUUGAAUCUGAGGGAAACAUUGAGAUGUUUUUAACUUUGGAUUUGGAACUAAAUCAACUUUGCGAUGGAACAAAUCAUGUGAGACCAUUUUUUUAAAGGUUGAGCGACGUGUGAAACUCAGUUAAUAUCAGUGUUUCUGUUUGGAUCGAAGCAGCUGCAGUGUUGAGGAUUAGAUAUGACCUGUUUAUGUAAAGAUUAUGAAGCCAUAUAUUUAACUUGCAGCAUCGUACUGACUCUGUGUGGAUGCUCAGUAACGACUCACUCCAGUCACAUGUCAGUGUCGCUUCCUACUUCCUGUUCGUUUGACGCAUACAGAGUUCAUGUCGCUCAUAUCAGUGCUUUCAAAGUGAUCAUGUGUCCAGUAUAACUUCCUGAUACCAAACAUUUAUCCUCUAAGUGCACUUACUUCAAACUGUCCUUCAUUUCAUAAGAAAACCUCACACUCCCUUUCUUCCACACGUCUCAUAUGAAGACACAACUCCUGAAAGUGUGUGUGUGACUGGAUGGACAUGAUGCUGGUGAGCAGCAGUCCCACCUCCUGCCACUGGGACACGUUGAUAUCCAAUAAAACCAGUUUGAUUUUCAUUUCUCACA